AUGGCAAGACCGCGAAUUGAGGUGAUAGAAGCGCUGAUAACGCGACGAGAUUUGGAUCGAAUGGAGUCAGAUGGAGGGGAGGAACUUAAUGCUGAGAUCGACUAUGAUGACGAAUGUGGGAAUUCUUCAAUAGAAAACGAUGCUGGCUGCGAUUCUGAUUAUGAGCCUGAUCUGCCUCAGCUUCGGCGCAAGAGAGCCCGAACGAUGCCCACCAUGCAGGUGUCAACAACUCAGAUGGAGCGAGAGGAGAAGGGGAAGGACGGCACGGUUUGGAUAAAACAGCGAGUUGACAACGCUACAGGUCGAUUAUCAGCACAGAAUGGCACGCCAUUGGAAUCGGGCCCUACACCUUACGUCAAAGGCAGAAUCGACAGAAAAUUCGACAGUUUUCAUUGUUUGUGACAUGCAGAUGUUGCAGCACAUCGAGGACUGUACUGUAGCUGAGGCGCGCCAGGCGAAAGGAGACGACGUGGGACAUGUCUGUGGAUAAGCUGGAAGCGUUCAUUACGCUCCUAUACGUCCGAGGACUGUACGACGGAAUGAACACGCCUUUGGAGAGCUCCUGGAACGAAACAUAUGGGUUGAUACCACGGAACCGCUUCAGAGAGAUCACCCUGGUAUCAGAAGUGUGGGGAACGUUUGUACAGAACUGUGUUUCCUCUUACAAGCCGGAAGUGAACAUUACCGUUAAGGAGCAAUGGUUCCCCGCAAACGCUAAGUGCAGCUUUACGCAGUACAUCCCCUACAAGCAAGACAAGUGGGGCAUUAGGUUUCGGUUUGCAGCUGACGUCGACAGCAAGUACGUGCUGAAUGUCUUUCCAUAUCUGGGGAAAGAUGAAUCUCAGCAUCCUGAAAAUGUGGUGCUGAGGCUUGUAGAACCUUACCUUGGCGAGGGUAGGAAUGUAAACACAGACGAGAUAUUCACAUCACUGCCAUUGGCAAAUAAGUUGAUUGACAAGAACACAAGCCUGGUGGGGGUGGUGAAUAAGACAAGACAGGAGCUGCUUCCAUCUGCAUGCAACCAGUCACAAGCAGAGCUGUUCUCCACAGCGGUGCUGAGGCACCACAAAGCAACACUUACGGUUUACAGAUGUAUGCCAAGAGAGAACGUCUGUAUCCUGAGUACUAUGCAUCCGACAGUUGCCAUUGCCGGGGACACAAAGAGAACCAGAGACCCUGACGCACAAAAACAACACAAAGGUUGGUGUGGAUAAGAUGGCCAGACAGUUCACGGUGAAAGGGGGUACUCGCCGCUGGCCUGUUGCCGUAUUCUACAACCUGCUUGACCUGGCUGCUAUCAACGCGCGCGUUUUGUUCACCCUGUGCACCGGUAAGACAAUCCCGAGGAGAGAUUUCAUCAUGCAGUUGGCAUUGGCGCUUCGUGAGAACCACGUGAGCGCCAGGGGCAAGGCAGCAGCGCACGAUGUGCCAAAUGACGCACCACCGCUCUCCGAGAAGAAGCACACAGUGGACGGAUGCACGCGGGAAGAAAACUGCGACUUCUGCGGGAAGCGAUUUGUCUGCGGAAAGUGCUAAUUCCAGAAUAAAGAUUUGUCGAAGA